AUGGCUCGAGCUGUGGAAAAUCCACAUCUUAAGAGGUUUAACUCACAAAGCAACUCACAUGUCAGCAGUGACAGCAAGUACUGCUUCCAGGAUGUGGGGAUCUUACCACCUCCUAAACGUAUUAGGCUGAUGACGUGUGAUCUUCCCCUGCCUCCAAGUCCUCCAUCAUCCCCUGUGAAUGAUGACGAUACUGAUCAAAAGUGUAUCAGCGCUCUGCCUUAUGAUGUUCCAUUGCCUCCACAUCCUCCACCUUCUGAAAAGAAGUAUGCUUCCCUUCGUUCCCUUAAACACAAGAAGUCUUAUUUGAUCCCUCUCAGUGUCCUGGCUAAUAUUCCUCUGCCUCCAAGUCCUCCACCGUCCCCUGUGUGUGCUGAAUACACGGAUCCAAAGUGUUUCAGCCCUCUGCCUCAUGAGGUUCCACUACCUCCAAGUCCUCCACCUGUUGAAGCUUUUGGUCAUUGUGGAAAGAAUCCAAGUUCAACAUUGUGGUCUGUAGGUGAUGAAGAGGAAGAUUUAAUGCUUAAGCUCAUUAGACUGACGCUUCAUGAUGUUCCAUUGCCUCCACAUCCUCCACCGUUUGAAAAGAAGUAUGCUUCCCCUCAUUCUCUAAAACACAAGAGGUCUGAUUUGAUGCCUCUCAGCCUCCUGGCUGAUAUUCCACUGCCUUCAAGUCCUCCACCGUCCCCUGUGUGUGCUGAAUACACUGAUUCAAGGUGUAUGAGCCCACUGCCUCAUGAGGUUCCGCUGCCUCCAAGUCCCACACCAGCUGAUGCCCGGCCUCAGUCAAAGGACACUCAUAAGACCCUGCAUCCAGAUCCAAAAUAUGACUGUUCUUCCCUGGACAAUGAAGUGGCCUUUUUCAUGUGUCCCACAGAAGAGCCUCCUAGUGUAAACGCUCAUGAGGUUUCACCACGUCCACCUUAUGAAUUUCUACACCUUCCAGAGAAGAGAUACCUCAAUUUAUCUACUGUUGUUUUUCCUUGUCUUGAUGAUUAA